AUGGCAGGACCCCCGCCAUUGGGCCAGGGCUACGGGCAAACUUCCCUGAACGCGCUGGGCGUACAGUUCUUCUCCAGCCUGGAAGGGCUCGAGGUUAUUACGUCCGCCGAUAGGCAGCUCAUCCGAGGCCACAAUCUCGCCGGGGCGGUUCGCCUGCAGUUCGUUAGACCGGCGUACUUUGACGACGAGGGGGGAGAGCAUGCAGCGCUCCUUGACGGGCAAAAUGAUAUCGAUAUACCAUUGUCAAUGCACGUAUACCCUUUCCCCGAUAUUGAAGAGUGGGAUGGUCAGUGGUUUUUCUUCGACGUGCAGCUACACCCUUACGAACUGCACUUUCGUCGCAAAGUCGUGGAUGGGGACGAAUCGGUCGUGGGGUCGUGGGAAGACCUGUAUGGAAAGCUGGCGCAGGUCCGUGGGCAGAUGUGUCUCCAACCCGUUGCAGAAAGGUCUCUGAGGCAUGCGGGUGGUUGCUUCCCCACCAUCGCGCCGCGCGCCAGCUUUCAGGGACCCAUCGACACGACAACCUUCAGGUUCAAAGCCGGGUCGUUGUCAGAACAACAGCUAAAGUGCUGCGGCUUCGUCCAAUGUCAGACGUACCUGGCACCGCCCCGUGACAAUGAGACGCCCCUGAAAGGGGGUCAGGCAUUCCACAUAUUAGCGUAUAUGCCGUACGACCAACAACCGUGGAAGAGCCGCAUCGGCUGGAUGAAGAACUCGGCAGAGGGAGGCUUUGUGUCGAGAAAGUGGGUGUACGGAAGGGGAAGCAUUAUCGGUGUGCUGAAUGUCGCACUGCUCGAGAAGGAGCCCGAACCCGGGCAGGACAUCUUGGUCGUGCUCGUUGAUGAGUUUGGUUUUACCUCAAGGGCAACAUUCGACGGCGGCGGUAACGGCAGUGGUCUCUCCCCGCAGAAACCAAGGCAAGAGCGGGUCAAGGGUAGAAGUCCCUUUAGCAGCAGCCCGGUCGGCCCUUCUUCGAGACGACCCUCCGUUCCGUCUAGUGCUAGAACGGGAAAGGUCAAGGAGCGAUCAGGGGGAGAGGUAAUGAAGGAGGCGGAAUUGUCACCGAUAGCGAAGCGGCUGUUCGGGUCGCAACAGGACUCAACCGCAAGUUCCGCCUCGGAUGACACAUGCGGGGCCGGCGCAGAAACAGAGGCUUCAGUGACGGUAGCAACGGGGUCCGAAGAAAAUGAAGCGCCGAUCCAAGGCAGGAACUCCCUGAAGCGAGGGGCUAGUUCGGGCAGAGACGGGACGCCAAGGAAGAGGGUGAGCUCGUGGAAGGUGCAAGAUGCCCAAGAAACUUAG